AUGUGGCUCCUUUGUCUCACGGCCGGGCUGCAGUCCGCGUGCUUUGGCGUCAUCGGCACGGCUCUCCCUCCUGCGCUGCGCUCCUCGGGCCUCUCGCCGCGUGAAGUGGCGCAGCUGUUGGGCCAGCUCGGCUCCGCCUCGGCUCUGGCGGAGGUGCUGCUCAGCGGCGGGUUCGGAAAGCUGGCGGACGCCAUCGGCCGGAAGCCCAUCCUGCUCGCGGCGCCGGCGAUGACCGCCAUCGCACGAUCGACAGUCAUCUGCUCGCCGACACUUCCGACGCUCAUCGCCGCCCGGGUCGCCUCCACGCUCGCCGUGCCUGUGUAUUGGCUCGCUUACCAGGCGUUGAUGGCCGACUGCUUUGGGCACAACGCGACCCAGCUCGCCGUGGUUGGCAGCCGCAUCCAGGCGGCGAUGGGCCUCGGGUACGCCGUCUCGAGCCUCGUGGGCGGCCCUCUGGCGCAGCGCGACAUCCGGUACGCUUACGCCUGCUCCUGCACGCUCGGCGCCGCCGUCCUCGGCUGCGUCGCCUUUGGCUUCCGCGAGACGCUCGCCGAAGCCCGCCGCGUCCGGUUCGCGUGGCGCGGGAGCUCCCCCCUCUCCUCGCUCGCCCUCUUCCGGCGGGGCCUGCUCAGCGCGAAGCUCAACCUCGUCGUCGUCUGCCAGUCGCUCACCAACGGGAUGGGCGACCUGUGGCAGGUCCUCGCGCGCGAGCUGCGAGGCUGGGGCGCCGCCCAGUGCGGCCGGUACGCCGCCGCCGCCGGCUUCGCCUCGAUGCUCGGCACCCUGCUCACCGGGCCGUCCAUCCGGCGGCUCGGAGCGCGCGGACACACUGCGGCGAGCACGGGCGCGUCGGCGUGCGCAUCGCUCCUGCUCGGCCGCGCAACCUCGGACCCGAUCGCCUUUGGCGCCAUCGUCCCGCUCGCGCUCGGCGCGGGCAAGGGGCAGGCGACGUCGGCGCGCAUCACCAACCUGGGCGAGCGGCUUGGCGACCCGGAGCCCUCCGCUCAACGAGCCCUCCCCCCUGACUCUGCGCGGACUCUGCGGCUAGGCGAGGAGCUGGGCGUGCCGCAGGGGCAGCUCGCCGCCGAGCGCAACACGCUCAACGCCGUCAUCAAGGUCAUCGCGCCGUCGCUGUAUGCUUGGCUGUUCGCGUUUGGCUCGGCGCGGGGCGUCCUUGGCUUGCCGUUCUACUCGACGGCGUUGCUGCUAUGCGUGAGCGCCGCGGUUGCUCUCUCAAUCCCCGAGGAAAGGUGGACAAACAGCUCGCCUCAGGGCGUCGCGCGCGAGGGUGGCCGCUAG